AUGCCUGUCGCAAUCACAGUCCUCUACCCCCAAACCUCCGAUGCGACCUUUGACCUCGACUACUACCUGUCCUCCCACAUGCCCUUCGUCCAAGAGAAGUUCGGCCCACACGGCAUGACCGGCUACCGCGUCGCAAAGCUCGUCGGCACAGCCACGGGCGACGAGUCCCCCCACAGCGUGUGCUGCACACUGGAGUUCGGAAGCGUCGAGGAGUUCCAGAAUGCGCUGAAGGCGGAGGCGGGGCCGGUGUUGGGGGAUGUGAAGAACUUCAGCAACAAGGAUCCUGUGCUGUUAGUUGGUGAUGUCGUUGGGAGUGGGCCAUGA